UUUUGGUUUAGAUCUGAAUAUUCUUUAUGAAGUUAUUUUCAUUAAAUGAUAAACUUUUUCAUUUCAAAUAUAAAGAAGAAUCAUCCUUGAUAAUUAAAAGAAUAUUUUCAUUCUUUUUUUAGCUUCGUGAAACUGAACGUUUAUAUGAAUCUCGUAAAUCAUUUCAUAAUCGUUUUGAAAUAUUCGAACGAAGUGUUCGUGAUAUAACUGAACAAAUUGAGAAUAAUGGACAAAUUCAGACAACAACAUGGAAUCAAACAUUUCAAAGAUUACAACAUACUCAAAAACAAUUAGAAACUAUUCAACCAAUAAUGUCUACAAUUCGACAAGAAUUAAUUGAAUUUGAACUUUCUGGUCUUUCAAAAACAGAUUUACAAACUAUACAAAAUACAUUUGAUAUUCUUCGACAACGAAUAAAUACUUAUGAAGCUAUUUUACAAAAACGUCUUGAUUUAUUACAACGUUAUGAAGAACAUACGAAAUAUUCAAUAGAAAUUCGAAAAAAAGUAUCCGGGAUCAAUUGUGCUAAUUUUCCGAGAUCAAAAAUGUAAGUGUCCUUUCCGUGU